CUUCCGGUCCAUGCCAGCCUCCUCGCUCCAUUCUCUGUACCUCGGGCCGCCUUACACAUUCAUCUUCACCUCUGAGCAGGACGACGACGACCAGGGAAGUACCAUCGACACAACGGGCAGACACUUUCCUUCUCUGUCACUUCGAACACGCUUCGCUCCUUGAAGCAAGGUACACACUCCGGUCCAGCAUCUUCCACGGGACGUGAGACCGCCUCCUUACAGACGGUCCUUUGCGUCAUCAUGUCAAGUGCAGAUGUCAUAGACGCCCUUUUUGACCGCACAGUCGAUGUAGUCCAAUCACUUCCCAAAUCUGGCCCCAUCCAAACUUCAUACGAAGAGAAGCUCGCCCUCUACUCGCUCUACAAGCAGGCAACCGAGGGCGAUGUCACCUCCAAGCGGCCCGGAAUGCUUGACAUGCUGGGCAGGGCCAAGUGGGAUGCCUGGAGCAAGAGGGAAGGGAUGGACUCCCUCGAUGCAAAGCAGCUCUACGUCGAGAGCAUGAUGAGGACAUUACGAAAGUUUGAAGAUCGCAGAGAAGCAAGAGAGCUCAUACAGGAACUGGAGAAUUUCUCCGGAGACGUAGCAGAGAGGGUCAUGAGAGGUGCUCUCGCAACUGAUGAUACUGCCUCGGAAGCCUCGUCAGCUCCUGCGCCUCUGCGGCAUCAGAGAUUCCCCUCUGACUCAGCAGGUGACUCAGAGACUGAGACCGACGACGAGGCCGCUCACGCCCAAGAGAUGGCUGAUCGCCUUGGCUCUCUUCGCAAUCCCGCCCUAGGCAUGAGUGACAGGAGAAGGCCGGUGUCUGCUCGCAGCGUGGGAGGAGUCUCGGCUCAAGCCCAACCACCUUCUGUUGCAGGGCGAGAUCGACCCCGUGUCGGCCCCUCGAGAGGAAGCACAGGCGGAUCAACACCGACCAGCACGACACCGCAGUGGGACGAGACGACGGCGGCAAGGACGGAGGAAGAGAGCGAUGACGGCACAUACUCAGCUGGAAGGUCCUCGCAUGCUACUUCUUAUCUGGCCCGCGAGCGGGAAGAGGAGGAAGCGCGUGCUCGGGCAAUGCGAGCCUCGUCUUCUCGACCAGCGGCAGGCAACAGCAGACAAAUCUCGCAGCAACGACAGGGUCAGAGUGCCCCUACAUCUACUCUGGGUGUUGGAUCUCGAAGCGGCUACCAUUCGCAGCAGCAGCAGCAAGGUAUCCGUCCAAGUGCAUCCAAUCCCGGCUUCUACAGCUCUACAGGCCCAGGCGGUCGGGUAGUUCCUGCUCCUCCUCGCUCUGACUCCAACAUGGGUGGAGGCGCGGGCGCAAGUCUCUACAGUGGCAUCGGCCCUUCCUCAUCACGUCCGCCAGUAGAGCAGCACCAUUACUACCACCGAGCCUCAGACGCGGGAGCAGCAGCGUCGUCUGCAGGAGCCCCAUCGAAUCGUGGUGGCGGUGGGGCUGGACAGGCAGAGGUUGAGCAGGCGCUCCAGUCCAUUCAAGCCUCCCUUGCUGCUCUUCACGAGCGCUUGAAUCGAGUCGAGGUGCGAAGUGGUACAACGCGAAGCAAUGCGAGUGGAGUCUAUGGCAGCGCCUACAGUGCCGUGAAGAAUGCGCUGCACGAUCUAGGCGUUCUCUUUGGGCUGACCUCGCCAAGUAGCUCUGGAGCAGACGGCGUGCGAGGCAAAGCAGCAGUCCCGUCUUUUGGUUCCAGCUCGCACGACAGGGGUAAAGGUCCUGCAGGAAGCAUACCACGUCGCUCUCGUCUCUCCUCUUUCCUCUCCCUCCUCGCUUCCCUCCUCAACCUCUCUCUCCGCCUCGCCCUCGAUCUCACAAGUCUCGGAAUUCUCAUCACCCUCUUCCUCUUCCUCCUGCGCAAAGUCACAGGUAGGGGCGAUCCACUCCUCCUUCUCAAGAUGGCCAGAACGCUACUGGGACGUGUGAGGGGAGGAGCAACAGGGGCGGGUAGAGUGACGGGGGGAAGGGCAUUGGUUGUGGGAUUGGGCGCCGCGGCGGGAGGAGCAGUGAGGGAUGCGGUGACUUCGGUGUCGAGUGCUGCUGCUUCUGCUGGGGAGGGAGGGGAGGAUGAAGUGGCUAGUGGACAUGGAGCUGGUGCGAUGGGUCGGAGGAAUACCUAGUCAUUGUAUCCUCUCGACUGCUCUCCUUUUCACCCCUCGGCCACAAAGUAUCAUCUUCCAGCCAUCUCUUCUCGAACCUUGGACGCGGGUUUUGCAGUUUGGUGACCAUUCACGACAAAGAGUAGUGGGA